CUUUUUCCCGCCUGUAUAAAACGACAAGUUCGCUUAAAAGAAAAUACAGAUGGAGAAGUCUAGCCGGUUCGCUGUGACACAGAGAGUCCCCUUAAGCUUACGUGACAACUCGCAUACUGUCACUUUGUGACCAGCUUAUCGGCAGAAUGCCCGGUCUAUGCGUGCUUUGUCUCACUGCGGUGCUCGCUGCAUUCACCCGGUUCGCGGAGACCGUGGGACCGGUGGUCCGAUGCGAGCCGUGUGACGCCGGGGCUCUUAUGGAGUGCAAGCCGCUGCCAAAAGACUGCGCAGAGAGGGUGCGGGAGCCCGGCUGCGGGUGCUGUCUGUCGUGCGCCCUUGCUGAGGGUCAGGCGUGUGGAGUGUACACCGGACGCUGUGGCUCCGGGCUGAUUUGUCAGUUCCAACCCGGGGAGACCCGACCACUGCAAGCCUUGCUAGAGGGACGGGGAGCGUGCUCCAGCGCCGCGUCCAAAACACUCAACACCUUUCUGCUCCCCGCUCAGAAACAAGAGAACACAAGCGGGGAGCAUUCCGGGGCGGGGGAUGAACAGCGUGCCAACGGCACCAUGACGACAACCAAGACAGUGGCAGGGGGCGCGGUAGGUGUGGAAGGCGGAGGUGGUGGACAUCGGGGGGCGAUAGAGGCCAAACCGCCGCUGCACACCAAGCUAGACGCGAUCAUCAAGAAGGAGCAGAAUAAGAAGAGCCAGAGCUACAAGGUGGAGUCAGUGUCUGGGGGAGUCAACUCCGACAUACACAACUUCUCCCUGGAUAACAAGAGGGAGACUGAGUAUGGCCCAUGCAGGAGAGAGAUGGAAAGCAUCCUGAACAGUCUUAAAAACUCCAAUGUGCUCAACCCCAGAGGCUUCCGCAUCCCCAACUGUGACAAAAAGGGCUUCUACAAGAAAAAACAAUGCCGUCCUUCCAAAGGGAGGAAGAGGGGUUACUGCUGGUGUGUAGAUAAGUACGGUCAGCCUCUCCCUGGCUAUGAUGGAAAGGAGAGAGGAGAAUCCCAGUGCAACAACCUGGAGAACAAAUGAGAGGCAGAGAGAGGAUGGAGUGAUGGAGAGAAAGAAUGAGGCAAGAAGGAUAGAGGAAUGGGAGAGAGAUACUUUUUUAAACUCCUGCCUUGCACGUAACCGUCGAAAGAGUGCUGGACCGUUGACCUCAGGUCACAUUACUGCCGGGUGGGGGAGGGAGAGGGAGGGAGGGGCAGACUGGGACAGCACAGCCUAAUAGGCCAAGCCUUCUGUCCAUCAUCUGCAGCUAUCUGCUCUGUGCUAUGGGAACCUCUAGCUACCCCUCGUAUGAAAACAACAGAGAGAGAAACUAAACAUCUGCACUAUUAUUUUAGAGAGAGAGGAUGGAGGGACUUUUCCACUCACUUUAAAGAGGACUUGUCUGUGACUGUGACCCAACGCAACAUGCUUGUGUAUGUUUGUGUGUGUGUAUGCAUGCAUGUGUGUGUGCGUGCAUGUGUGUAUGCCUGCGUGUGAGCAUGUAUUAGUGUUUGUGUGUGUGUGUGUGUGUAUGUGUGUGUAUGUGUGUGUGUGUGUGUGUGUGUGUGUGUGUGUGUGUGUGUGUGUGUGUGUGUGUAUGCCUGCGUGUGAGCAUGUAUUAGUGUUUGUGUGUGUGUGUGUGUGUGUGUGUGUGUGUGUAUGCCUGCGUGUGAGCAUGUAUGAGUGUUUGUGUGUGUGUGUGUGUAUGUGCGUGUAAAUGCUGUCUUUCAAUAAGCUCAGUUUAGAGGUGUAAGAAAACCUCUUGACAUCCAAACCCUGCCCCCUUCUAUCCUGUCAUGCAGAGACUCCUCCCCUUUCUCAGGAUCCAUCAUUAUGAAGUGAAGGCUUAUGGGUAGGCCGGCCUCUGACCUCUUCCCUGCCAUGUUCGACACCACUGGCCUUUCCCACUGUCUCCAUAGCAACCAGCUUGUCCCGCCCGAUGUGCUGCGUCACAUUUACAGGUUUAGGGGGAAGGAAAGGAAUGGAGAUGGUGCCGAAUAACGGUGCCUUAAACCCACACUGCCCCUCUCCCCCUCCUCCCCAUCCCUGACCCCUACCCCUCCCUUUCUCAUAUUCCUUGGUUAGCCCUCUGCGGUCCUCAUAGGACCCCAGGAAGAGUAGCUGCUGCUUUUGCAAAAGUUCAUGGGGAUUCAAAAAAAUAAAUCAACAGGUUCUCACAUAACGUUACCACCCUGCAGCCCUGGUCUGGUUAGCUAGCUGGCGGGUUGGGUUAGCAUAGUUAGCCAAACCAUCACUUCUUCAUUGAGGAAAUAGGGCCAGUGGUGUUGUCACCACUGGCCCUCUAUCUGCAGUACUCUUCCUGUCUAUGGUGCAUAUGUCCUGGUGUGGGGUCCUUUAGACUGGGCAUGCUCGGUGGGACCGGGCUGCUCUCUAUGCCAUAGGAGCCAGCUUCGAGGCCAAGCACAACCACUUAAAGCACUUUAGCUACACCCAACCAACUUUUCUACAGCGCUCCUCACAGUUAAAGACCAUCUCUACCCAUUGUAGCAUAGUAGUCAUACCGUUCAAUUGGUGCAACAUUUAACAAGGUUUAUAGCACUAUAGAGCAAAACAUCAACAUCAACAACAACAAAAGAAAAAACAAUGUUACACAAGCACUUCUGACUGUGACUUUACUCAGCCUAGAGAACAAACGCCCCUCCUCACAAUUUCCAUUCUAUGCAAAGUGUGUUUUAUUUUUGUUGAUAUUGUUUCUUGGAGAUGCUUGUAUGAUCUUAUGCCAACAUAACUCCACCAGGUGGAUGCAGCACCAAAUAUGCAUUCAAGAAGCAGACAGGGGGUCUGAGGGAGGGGGCGUGGUCCUCCUAGAAGUGCUCCCUGCUUCCUGUAUGACGCUUUCACAUAUCCUGUGUCUGAAAUGGCACCAUAUUUCGUAUAUAAUUCCCUAUGGGCCCUGAUCAAAAGUGAUGCACUACAUAGGGAAUAGGAUGCCAUUGAAGAUGCAGACUUGAACAGUGGAGUGUGCACGACAGUAGCUCGGUAGCAUGGAAUUGGAUGCACACACACUUUAAAACAAACAACAACCCGCUGAGGCUGCAAGCCAUUCUAUUUGAAGACUUGAUUUGGGGAUAAUUCAGUUAUGUUUAAGAUAUUGCCCCACUCCUUCCCAGUCUUUUGUUAGUCUUUUUCUAUAUUGAAAAUGUUUUCGUGGCUCUAUGUGGCUGACACAUGUACGGUACUUCAAAUUAAAUAAAUAAACAAGUUAUUUAUCUAAGAAAGAAUUAUAAACGGAUCCAAACUAAGUUUUUUUCUUACCAACAAUUCAGUGACUUACUAAUUGUAGAGCAAACUCUAAGUUGAUUCAGCGUAUUUUGGGGAAUGUAAUCACUAAUGAAUGUUACAUUUUUUUAAUUAACAUUUUCUUCUAUAAUUAUUUUUGUAAACUUUAAACAUCUCUGGUUUGUUGCUUACGGUAACUGUCAGUCGGUCAGGCACUCAGGUCACUAAUUGGUUUGUAACAAAGUUGGGGUCAGUUUUAUUUCUAUUCAGUCAAUACAAUAAUCUGAAAAUCUUCAUGAGGAAAUGUUGAAUUUGAAUUUCAACUGACUUUUCUGAAUGAACGGAAUGGAAUGUAGCCCAAUCCUGUUGUGUAAUCCAAGGGUCUGUAGUCAAGUGAAACUCUCAGUCAGUCCAUCGGUCACUGCUCCAACACUUCUCUCCGUACACACCAACGUUCACACAAACGUGCACAGCAAUGUGCACGCGAUGCCAUCCCGUCUCAGUCUCGGUCCACAUCCAGGGGCACCGCUGUCUCUCUAACAUUUUGUCACUUUUCUGGUGGUCAUGUAAGAAUCUCUCUUCUGUUCACGGGUAAUUGUACUUUAUUUUUACAUUUUGUUUCAACUUUUAUUGUAUAAAGACUUUUGAUUCUUUAAAGAAAAAAAGCUUUUCAUGUUACUAAUCUAGAAAAUCACACAGCUAUUAUUUUCUUUGAGAAAGGAACAUUAUUUUGUUAAAAUAUAAUUUGUAUUUAAUGUCUUUUUAAAAUAAAAAAAAUAAACACUAUUUUCAUUUACUGUUGAA